AGAAAAAGACAAGCAUACGAACUCCCUGACGGUGCACAUUUAUUAAUUGGUUCGAUCAGAACAAAUUUCUUUUGCGAUAAAGAUGGUUAUUUUGCUGAUGUAGAAAAUCAUUGUCAAAUUUUCCACGUUUGCCAUACAUCAUUCGAAGAAGGGAAAGAGCCAAGAACUCGACAGUGGAGUUUUAUUUGUGGAAAUCAAACAAUAUUUGACCAAUUAACUCAAACAUGUGCUUUCCCAGAAGAUGCGGUUCUUUGCGAAAGAGCACCAGAAUUUUUUUAUCUGAAUGAAAGAAUUGGAGACCCAAAUGCAUUAUUCUUAACAGAUCAAGAUAUAGUAAGAGCGGAAGCAGCAAAAGCUGACCGACCAUUUCAACCUCCACCGCCACCUCCAAGGAUUCCACCGCCAAGACGACCAGGAUUUCAGGGAUAAAAUUUAAAAAUUUAUAUUAAAA